CAUGUGGUUUUGGAUUUCAACAGUUGCCGGCACUUGUAUGUACCGGCAAAUGCUGGGAGUCUAAGUACCACUAGUGUCCUUGAACUUAUUAUUCAACACAACACGAGACCUCUUGCUCCGUUCUAAUCUCGAAAAAUCGACGAAUAAAAGGUUUAUUCCAUUGAUAAAUUGGCAAACGGUCCUAUCCUAUCUGAAUUAAAAUCCGUUGAAGAAACCACGCAAUGGCAACUGCAGGUCAAAUAAUUAAAUGCCGUGCAGCAGUGGCAUGGAAGGAGAAGCAGCCUCUCUCGAUUGAGGAGAUUGAAGUGUCUCCACCAAAAGCCAACGAAGUUCGUAUCAAAGUAGUGGCAGUGGCUUUAUGUCAUACUGAUGCUUACACCCUCGGUGGGCUCGAUCCGGAAGGGGUUUUCCCUAGCAUCCUGGGGCACGAGGGCAGUGGAAUCGUCGAGAGUGUUGGGCCAGGCGUGUCAGAGUUUCAACCAGGAGACCACGUUAUCCCCCUCUAUACUCCUCAGUGCAGAGAGUGCAAAUUUUGCAAAUCACCGAAGACCAAUCUGUGUCAGAAGAUUCGAAUCACCCAGGGAAAAGGGUUGAUGCCCGAUGGCACAACGAGAUUCACCUGCAAGGGGAAACCCAUCUUCCAUUUCAUGGGGUGCUCUGUUUUCUCAGAGUAUACUGUUAUUGCUGAUAUUUCUCUUGCGAAGGUCGAUGUCAAAGCUCCCCUAGAGAAGAUCUGCCUCCUUGGAUGUGGAGUUCCAACGGGUUAUGGGGCAGCUCUGAACACCGCCAAAGUCGAUCCAGGAAGCACUUGUGCCAUCUGGGGUCCCCCAAUUCUUUAAAUAAAAUCCAUAAAAACCUUUGUUAUCCUCGCAAAUACAUAUGCAUUUAAUUCUCAUGUACAAAUUCAUCGAAUAUGUGGUCGACAAUAGCAAA